GAUUGAGACGGUAUUUCAAAGGGUGUGUGGUCAGUGGUAGUGUUGUUCGUCGUUACAACAAACAUAUAUCAAUAGUUUUGGUUUACAAAAAAAAAGUCAGCGGGAGGAAUUAAUAGAGAAAUAAAGGGGCUGAGAGUCGCAUGUUACAUGUUUGAUCAACCGCUCUUCACUUCACCAAUACUCCUCUUUUUUUUUUCUUUUUUUUGCUCAAUAAAUUAACAAAAACAUAACUGAUAAUUAUAUAGUAGUAUAUACUGAUAUUUUACAGGCUUAUUAUUUAUGUUUACACAACAGACAGAUAAGACUUUAUUUAGCCGUUUCUGAUAUUAAAAAAGAAAGUAAACUGCUUUCAUUGAUAUUCUUAAUUAUCCCAUUAAUUAUUUUCCUUAAAAAAAAACAUUUACUUGUUGUUGGGACUUGGUAUAUUAGCUCAAGUGUUGGUGGAAGAGUGCUUGUAACCUACUCCGACUUCUUCUUCUUCUUAUUUCACUGCCUUUAUUUCUCUCCUUUUUCUCUUUUCUUCUAUUUUUGGUCUGUUUUGGUAGAUUGAGGAAAUGGAAGAGAGGCAUAAGUGCAAGUUAUGUUGGAAGAGCUUCGCUAAUGGAAGGGCUUUGGGAGGUCACAUGAGGUCUCACAUGCUCCCGAGUCAGCCCGAGUCAGCUUCAUCUUCCAUGGCCGAUCCACUCCAGGACAGAGAGAGUGAAACCGAAUCGUCCAAGAAGCCCACCCGCAAACGAUCCAGACUUAACCGGAGAUCCAACGAAGAAGGGAAAAGUGAAACCGCAGGAGCAGCAGAGGUGAAGAUCGGGGUUCAAGAACUCAGUGAGUCGUGUACCGAGCAGGAACCGAUGAGCUCGGUGUGUGACGCUGCAACAGAGGAAGAAGACGUGGCCUUGAGUCUCAUGUUGCUGUCGAGAGACAAGUGGGAGAAGGAGGAGAGAGGGAAGAAUAAUAAGUGGUUCGAGUGCGAGACUUGCGAGAAAGUGUUUAAGUCGUAUCAGGCGUUAGGUGAACACAGAGCAAGCCACAGGAAGAGGAGAGCAGAAACAGAUCAAUUAGUCUCAGAUGAGUUGAAGAAGAAGAAGAAAAAGACUAGUCACCAUGAAUGUCCAAUCUGUUCCAAGGUCUUCUCAUCUGGUCAAGCUCUCGGAGGUCACAAAAGAUCUCACGCUUCGGCCAGCAAUGAUGAAUCCACGAUCAGAAGAUCAGGAAUAAUAAUCAGCUUGAUAGAUCUAAAUCUUCCAGCGCCAUCGGAGGAGGAAGACAUGGCCUCGUCACGCUUGAUCAGAUUAUUGGUCAGUAAUUACCACCUUUUAUGCCAAGUAAUGUAGUAAAAUUGAAGACAAUUUUGAUGUAGAGUCGUAGAGAUGUGGUCAAAGAACACAAGUGAGUUAGGUAGUAGUAAUGAGGGAAAUCAUGUGAUAGUCGGUUUUGUGUGGGAAAAUGGUAAAGCAUGAAAGCCUGAGUGGUUUGUUGUUAA